AUGUCCUUACCUAGUGGCAGCCCAGAACGAGAAGGCCCUGUUGGGGCUCUCCCUCAGCUAGAGUGCCCUUCUUCCCCUCCGGGCAUGGACCCAGACCCUUUAUCCACAGGCAGCCCGGUGCUCAGCCCAGACUCCUCUUCCCACGAUGCAGCACUGUCAGCGCCAGCAGCCUCUCCAGCGGACUCGGAGAACCUGAGUCCUGAUGAACUGGAGCUGCUGGCCAAACUGGAGGAACAGAACAGGUUACUGGAAGCCGAUUCCAAGUCCAUGCGGUCUAUGAGCGGCUCCCGGCGCAACAGUGGCUCCUCACUGGUAUCCAGCUCCUCAGCCUCCUCCAACCUGUCACACUUGGAGGAGGAUACCUGGAUCCUGUGGGGUCGCAUUGUCAACGAGUGGGAGGAGUGGAGACGCAAGAAGGACAAACUAUUGAAGGAGUUAAUCAGGAAGGGCAUCCCUCAUCAUUUCCGGGCCAUCGUCUGGCAGCUGCUAGGCAACGCCACUGACAUGCCGGUGAAGAACCAGUACUCUGAACUGCUAAAGAUGUCCUCCCCCUGCGAGAAGCUCAUCCGUAGGGACAUUGCCCGCACCUACCCCGAGCAUGAGUUCUUCAAAGGCCAGGACAGCCUGGGGCAGGAAGUCCUCUUCAAUGUCAUGAAGGCAUAUUCUCUGGUGGAUCGAGAGGUGGGCUACUGCCAAGGCAGUGCAUUCAUCGUAGGCUUGCUCCUAAUGCAGAUGCCUGAGGAGGAGGCCUUUUGUGUGUUUGUGCGUCUGAUGCAAGAGUACCGUCUGAGGGAACUGUUUAAGCCCAGCAUGGCGGAGCUCGGCCUCUGCAUCUACCAGUUUGAAUAUCUGCUGCAGGAGCAACUUCCAGAGCUGAACGUCCAUUUCCGGUCCCAGAGUUUCCAUACAUCCAUGUACGCAUCGUCCUGGUUCCUCACCCUUUUCCUCACCUUCCUCCCUCUGCCUGUCGCCACUCGCAUCUUUGAUAUUUUCAUGUAUGAGGGUCUAGAGAUUAUCUUCCGCGUGGGCUUGGCCAUCCUGCAGUACAACCAGACUGACCUCAUUCAGCUGGACAUGGAGGGCAUGUCGCAGCAUUUCCAGAAGGUGAUCCCCCACCAGUUUGACAGCUGCACCGACAAACUGAUCCUCAGGGCCUACCAGGUCAAAUAUAACCCCAAGAGGAUGAAGAAACUUGAGAAAGAAUACACCACAAUCAAGAACAAAGAGAUGGAGGAACAGAUUGAGAUCAAGAGAUUACGCACAGAAAACCGGCUGCUGAAGCAGAGGAUUGAGACGCUGGAGAAGGAGAGCGCUGCUCUGGCAGACAGACUGAUUCAGGGUCAGGUGACAAGGGCACAGGAAGCAGAGGAGAACUACGUGAUCAAGCGUGAGCUGGCAGUGGUGAGGCAGCAGUGCAACACGGCCAACGAGAGCCUGGAGAAAGCGCAGGACACCAUCAGAGAGCUUCAGCAACAGAAGUACACAGAGCAGUUCGUGAGCAGCUUGCAGACCCAGCUGGAGCAGUCCAGACUACGAGAGGCCGAACUGCUCGGAGCGAUGAAGGAGAUGCAAGACAAGGUGCUGGACCUGGAGAAGAGGAGCAGUUGCCUGCCUGAUGAGAACAACGUGGCAGCUCUGCAGGAGGAGGUGAAACAGCUGAAGCUGAGGGAGCUGGAGACGCUGCGCUCCUUCAAAGACAUGCAGGACAACGUCACUGAGCUGAACCAGCGCUGGCAGCAUCACAUGUCCCGUGGCAGCAGCACAGGUGGCGGUGGUGGCCACUGGAAGGAAUCCCCAAAGAAGAACGCCAUGAACGAACUGCAGGACAAACUGAUGACGGUUAGACUGAGGGAGGCGCAGGCCCAGGCUGAGCUCCGAGAGGUCAAACUAAAAUCCCUGCAGCAAGAGAGCCAGAACCAAAUCCACGGCAAGCUGAUUGGUCGCAAUGAGCAGGAACGCUCCGCACUGCAGGACCGGCUCCAGAUGCUAGCCAAUCAGAACAAAGCUCUCCAGGCCCAACUCAACGAGAUGAAAAGGAAGCAGGCCGAGUUCGACUGCAAGAGUAAAGAGGAGGUGAUGGCGGUGCGACUGAGGGAAGCAGACAGUAUGGCUGCCAUUGCUGAACUCCGGCAAAAAAUCGCUGAGCUUGAGAUACAGAAGGAGGAAGGGCUGAUCCAGGGCCAGCUGAACCACUCCGACUCUAGACAGUACAUCACCCAGCUCCGGGACCAGAUUGCUGAGCUCAAGAACGAGAUCAGACAACUGCGAGGGCAAAGGUUGGCACCCAGCUCUGGCAUCAGUAGCGGAGGCCUAGGCACCAACUACCAGGAUCUCUGCCUGGCCAGCCCCGCCUCUGCCGAGGGGGACUACCUGAGCUCAGACGACGACCUCCUGCCCAGCCCGCUGCCUCCCAAUGCACUCUACCCCACCCUGUCUGGUCCGUGUCACCCAUCGGACCGCCUCGACAGCGAGGGCAGCACGGACAGCGAGGCGGAGGAGCGCAUGCGGACACACCCGGACCCACAGCAGCUGUACGGCAGCAUGGUGUGCGCAGAGGGGCUGGAUAAUUGA